GAAAGCAGUAGCCAACAAGUGUCAUUUGUGUCAUUUCAUAGCUUUAAAGGCUGUACUCUACUACUUAAAAAAAAAAAAGGAAAGUAUGAAUAAAAUGAGGUGUGUAACAAACAUUUGUUUAUUGAAAUGCGUAGUUUUGGCAGAAAGACAGCAGUAAUCUAAGUUUACCGGAGGGCCAUCAGUGAUCACUCACAUGCAUCUAAUCCAGUUUUGAUGAACUGGGUUAAUAGACUCCAUGUGGUCAUUAUCAAAGAGACUCAUUUCUAUUCAUUUCUCAGCACACACGACCCUCACACACCCGCCCCUCAUUAUGUGUGGCCUUUCCUCAAUAAAUACAGCUCCUCUGUUCUCUGGAGGAUCAGUUCAUUCUCAAGUGUUCAGCAUGCCCCAUCCUGAUGGCUCUUACACACAGUUCAUCUGGAGAGAGGCAGACAGAGCCAGUUCGGACCAGUGUCCCAGAGCCGCAUUGAGCUGGAGGGAGGAGAGGGUGAGCAGUGACCCGUGUGCUCUGGUCCAGCUCCGGCUGUCCGGACUUGCAUAUCCAAACGAAGACCAGAGUCACAUCGCCCGAGCCCGGAGACGCCGCAGACUGGCUGCCAACGCCCGCGAGAGGAGGAGGAUGCUGGGCUUGAAUGUGGCCUUCGAUCGCCUGAGGAGCGUCAUUCCUAAUGUGGAGAGCGACAGGAAGCUGUCCAAGUCUGAGACGCUUCAGAUGGCGCAGAUCUACAUCAGCACUCUGAGCGAGCUGCUGGAGGAAAGAGACUGCCACCCAGAUUCCAGUUACCCGAUGUUGGCGCCGGGCGUGGAGGAUCAGGCCAUCGUGAAGGGUUCAAAGCCAACAGAAGAGACCAAACCAGAGCAGAAAAACAUUCCAACCUGUAGGAUAAGAUCAUAUGUUGGGAAUUUCGGGCAUCCCAGUUGUUGUGAUCCCAAAACACCUGAACUCUUAGUGGACUCUCACUAUAUGGAGAGGAGCAAUGGAGCAAAAUGACACUGACAUUGCA